AUGUCCACAAUGAAUGAACAGCGGCCACCACCGCCGCCUGUCCGUAUCGAUUCCAUCACAGGGUCAACAUCGAGUCUUGAAACUAAACCACUUCCUCGUGUACCAGAUGAUGAUCUUAACAAAAAGAAAAAGACGAAUAAUUGGACAAAAAAAGAUCCAGCUAAACUAACGAUCUCUCGUCCGACAAACUUCAACCAUCCUAUUCAUGUUACUUACAAUCCAUCGACGGGAGAAUUCGACGGCAUGCCAGAUAUUUGGUCAAGUUUAUUACAACAUUCGAAAAUUACCAAACAAGAGCAAAAGCAGAAUCCUCAAGCUGUCAUUCAUGCAUUGGAUUUUUAUCAACAUGCAGCACAGAAACGCGAAUCGAAAUUCAUGUAUUCAUCUUACAAAAAUUUAACACCACCAAUUUCUGGCGAUCUAGCUGAUCGAUUUCGCCAAACAGUCAUUCUUGUUUCUGAUGGGCCAUCAUCUUCACAACGACAAAAUUCGAAAGUCUACGAUAACGAUCAAAUGCCACCACCAAUUGCAGCACGACCGGAGAAAACCAAGAGCAUUUACACAAAACCAAUUGAUGAUGAGAAUAAUAAAUCUCCUCAAACCAAUAGUGAUAAAGCAAAACGCAAACAAUUAAGUGAUGAAGAAAUCUAUACGAAACUACGAUUAAUUGUCUCGCAUGGUGAUCCAAUACGAAAAUACAAGAGUAAAGAUAAAAUCGGACAAGGUGCGAGCGGAACAGUACUAUUAGCAUUUGAAUUAUCUACAGGUGAAGAAGUUGCGAUUAAACAAAUGAAUCUUGCUAAUCAACCGAAAAAAGAGCUAAUCAUCAAUGAAAUUGCCGUUAUGAAACAUAAUCGACAUAUAAAUAUUGUCAACUAUAAGGACUCAUACUUAGUUGAUGAAGAACUUUGGGUGAGUUCUGUUGUGUUGGUCUAUCAAUAUCAUCUGUUAUUUAAAAUGAAGGUUGUCAUGGAAUAUCUUCCGGGUGGAUCGUUGACUGAUGUUGUCACGGAAACAAUUAUGGAAGAAGGUCACAUCGCUGCUGUAUGUCGAGAAGUGUUACAAGCAUUGGAAUUCCUUCAUAAAAAUCAUGUCAUUCAUCGAGAUAUAAAAAGUGAUAACAUUCUACUGGGAUUGGAAGGCAAUGUUAAAUUAACUGAUUUUGGCUUCUGUGCACAAAUCACUCAGGAUCAAACAAAACGACAAACAAUGGUUGGAACACCGUAUUGGAUGGCACCGGAAGUAGUAACACGAAAACAGUAUGGACCGAAAGUAGAUAUUUGGAGUUUGGGAAUUAUGGCUAUCGAAAUGAUCGAAGGAGAACCACCGUAUUUGAAUGAGAGUCCAUUAAGAGCUCUCUAUUUAAUCGCUACCAAUGGUAAACCAGAGAUUGUCGGUCGUGAAAAGCUCUCACCUUUGUUCGAAGAUUUUCUUGAUCAAUGUCUUGAAGUUGAUGUUGACAAGCGUGCAACUGCUUCCCAACUUCUUCAACAUCCAUUUCUGAAAAUGGCGAAACCAUUACUAAGUCUUGUACCACUGAUAAAUGCAGCACGUGAAAGCAUCAAACGUAAUACAUAA